CUUUUUCUUUUUUUUUUUUUUUUACCUUUUUAAAAUGUUAUCCAAUUUAGAAAAAGAAGCCACGUCUUUACCUCCACCUUCUGCACUAUUCGGUACAAAUUACUAUUAUCCUCCUGGUCAGAAUAAUGGCGUGGAGGCAAGGUCAGGUUACAUGCUUCCUCCUCCUUCCAGUCUCCCUGGAUAUCAUUUACCACCUCCACCACACACAGAAAAAGCAUCCAAACGUAAACGUCGCACAGCUGCAGUUGAUCCAACAAUGAAAAAGAAUAAAAAAGCCACACCACCAUAUCAUUAUGAAGUAUUGGAAUUGAAGCAACAGAAUGCAAAGAAAGCUGGCGGUAAAAAAGCUAGCCGUAAAGAGUCUGAGGCGGUGUCUGCUGCUGCUGCUACUUUAGCUUCAUUUGCUUCGUGUUCGCCACCUCACUCAACAGAAGAGGAUGAUAUGGAUGAGUGUAUCAAUUUAGAAGCCUGUGCAGGUCAAGGCGGACAAUUUGAAUGUGACUUGUGUGCUUGUAAUUAUAGACACUUGAACUGUUUACAAAAGCAUGGGUGGGAGCAUACAGAAGCAGCACAAAUCUUGAUGGAUAUUGCUCGUUACGGAAUGAAAAUGCGUAUGCUUCAAUAACUUUUCUUAUUUUUUCUUUCUUCUUAAUUUCUUUAUAACCCUUUCAUAUACAAACAACAUUUUCAUUUUCAUUUUUUUUUUUUUUUAACAUUUUUUUUUUUUUUUUAUAUAUUUUUGCCCAAAUAAAGUAAUUCACAUCUAGCGCACAUUGGAAAAUUUU